AUGGAAAGGUGCAUACUGUUGAGGCUCCCUAACGAGCUUUUGGUGACUCUGAUAGAGUACGUCGAUACGCCCAGCUAUGUGGCAUUGGCACAAACAUGCCGUGCCCUUAAUAUCUUGACAACACCGUAUCUCUACAAAAAUGCAAACAUCCAACUCGGCAAAAGCAAUGAAUUUGUCCGGACAGUCAAAACAAAAUACGCCGAUUUAGUCCGUCACGUUUCAGUCGUGAUCGAAGAUGACCAAUUCAAUAUUUCUCCUUGCCGAAUUGUACCAUGUCUCGAACAACUAGAGAAUCUGCAGACUCUCAAGCUAGCUGGUGGCUACUGGAUGUGGGACGACGAAUCCGAGAAUUGGUCUACCCUCGAAGAUUUGCUCUGGGAAUAUUUUGAAAGGGCGAGCCUAAAACAACCUGCGGAAUCGAGGCUUUCCAGGAGUCUAAGAUCAUUGACACUUGACCGUGUUGAAGGCAAUGGACAAGCAGCCUUUCUUGAAGGCUCGUGCAUCUUCAUCAUUCCGCAACUUCAUGAUCUCACAUUACGAGGUUUUCUGUUGGAGGAAGCAGAUGCUGAGGUUGACGUGCAAUUCGAACGUCAGACGGAGCUGAAAUUCUUGCGUAUCGAGCGUAGCUUUGUGAGAUUUCCGGCUUUAAGGAAGGCCUUGCUUGCUCCGCGUGCAUUACGCUAUCUCAGUAUUUGCCAUGUAGAUUGUUACAGGCACCAUGAGAUCAAGGACGGGAAAAUAAACCACGCAACAGUGGCUGAGUUUGUGGAUGCAUUGUUACCGCAACGCGAAUCACUCGAAGAGAUCAAACUUGUCGUUGAUGAGGAUGAUAAUGAUGUGUAUAAUCCAGAGGUUUCAACGAUCAACGAUCCGAGCUUCCGUACAUAUGCGACGCAGCUUCCGGCACUGAAGCGCUGGCUGGGGUGUGAUCAGUUCACGUUGAAGGACUAUCUGGAUCCAUGGCGAAGUUAUGAAUGA